UAGCCCUCCACCGGGGCAGGAGGCGCGGCAAUUGAGUAGGCGUGAUGACAUGGGAUGCUGCAACUUAUUCUAUCGGACAAGAUAUUUACUGGUCUUAGUCUGGGAUAUGCAGGUAGGUACAAAAACCAAUUAGAUUCGUCACCGUAGCGCUACCGGUUCGGUUGUUGUUGCGUGGGAUUAUAAAAGCAUUGAUUCCAGUCAUCCGCGGAAGAGUAUUUCGUCGGGAAUCGUAGACGGUGGAUCAACGUUGAUCGCGAUCGUUCAAACUGCCAUAUCUCGCCGCAGAUAAGGUCAAGGUGGAAAAACGGGAAAAAACAGUGCAAUGGGGGUGUACAAAAAAGCAACGUUACAAAAGUGCACAUUGCCGAUCGUGCUGUUUGAAUCGAUUUCCAUACUAAGUGCAACGUUUGUUGAUCCAGCAUCCUUCUAUCAGCGAAGCAACGAUGGAUCGUAUAGAUAUGGAUACAACGGUGGUGGGGGUUUCAAUGCCAGACAGAGCGGAAAUGCGGCUAACGAGGUCGUUGGACAGUAUGCGCAGCUGCAACCGGAUGGAAGAAUAGAAAGUGUGAGAUAUAGAGCCGGCGCCGGCGCGGGAGGUUUCCGGCCACAAUAUGGUGCAGCAUCGUCAGCAUUUGGUGGUACUGCUGGUGGAGGAUACGCAGGAUACGGAUUUUAUGGCGGAGAAUCAGGUGCAUUUGGAACCCGAUCACUCAGCGGUGGCGGUGGAUCACCAUUCGGGUCUGGAUCGUUUUAUAACCCAGGCUUGAUCAACGGUGCUGCAUCCUACGGAGGCCCUCUUGGGGGUGGUGCAUUUUCAGGAAGUGGAACUCUAGGUGGCAAUGGUGGCUCCUCGGGAGGAGGUGUACUAGGGAAUGGUGGAGGAUCGCUUGCAGGUAGAUUUGCAGGAGAUGGAUCUUUUGGGGGUGGGUCGCAAGGUGGAGGAACCUUCGGAGCUACUGGGGGUAAUCCCUUUGCUAGUGGUUCUAUCGGAGGCCGAUCAAAUUCAGGAGCAGGAUACAUAGGAGGGCCAAACGGCAAUGAUCUGGGACCUGGAUCGCUACACAGUAGAUCACCUAUUGGGGGAUCGCUUGGUACAGGGGUUCUUGACGGAAGAUUAGGCACGAGCUCAUCAACAGGCAAUAACGCAGCUCCAUUUGGAACUAAUGCAUUUGGUGGAAACCCCCAACAAAGUUUCGGGUCAAGUCCAUAUGGAGGAUCUCCUCGUUAUGCUACAAAUCCUGCGUUUAGUAGGGCGUUCAGUUACCCUCAAGUACCUUCAACAUUCGGUUAUUCUACACCUCGAUCAUUUAAUACGCCCGCUACUAACCGCUACCCCAGCCCAACAAAUAGUGGUAAUGCAAUCGGGCCAAAUACUGGAUUUCGGUCGAACGGUGGAGGCCUUGCCACACAAAGCCCAACUGCAGGACACCGUCAAAACCCUCAAAGCGAUGGUACCUACGACUUCGCCUACCGAACUCCGGAUUCCACCCGGCAAGAAUCAUCCGAUGGCAACGGAAACGUACAAGGUUCCUAUUCUUUCCGCAAUGCAAACGGCAAUCAUGACCUAUCUUUUGUUGCAGGAUCAAAUACGGGAUUUCAACCUACGGGUGGUAGCCUAGCAGUUCCGAAUGGUCUCGGACAAGGCAGGGCUGGCUCGGCCGUAUUGCCAAUUGCUGCGAGCGCUGUUCGAAACAAUGGUAGUCCGUCGGUGCAGGGAAACACACUAGCAGCGAGAACUGGCCAAGCUGGUAACGGUUUUGGAAAUGGCUCGGGUCAGGGUUCUGGAAUUGGCCAAAGCGUUACCGGCGGUUCGCAAGGCGGAAUAGGAGAUGGUAGCCUAGGCGGUUCAACAACAAAUCGUGGAAAUGGAAUAUCAAAUGCCAGAUCCGGUAGCAAUGGUCAAUCCAGAGGAGGUAAUUCGGGUGCCAAUUCAGGGUUGACCGAUGGGAGUUUAGCAUCUGAGAGUGGUUCGAGCUUGAAUCGUGGGUUCGGUGGUAACGGAGGCGGCUCCUCGUCAAAUACAAACGGCCAAUUUGGAGGGGUCAAUGCAGGUGGAACUUACGGGACGGAUGCAGGUCUAGUAUCAUCAAGAGGCAGUGGUUCAAUCUCAAAUGGAUUGGCCAAUAACGGGUUUGGUGGUAAUGGAGGUGGAUCUUCGUCCAAUGCCUUUGGUCAAUCUGGAGGAGAUGGGGGGAGAUUAGGAUCAACGAAUCCAGGUUUAUCGUCUAACGGUGGCUCAUCGUUUAAUCGCAUUUCAGGUGGUACCGAUAGAUCAGGAACGGAUAGUAAUUCAGGGUCGUCGUCUAACAGUGGUUCAGCAUUUAAUGGGGGAAAUGGAUCAGCUGGUUCAGGAUUUGCUAGUAAUGGGGGUGGUACCUUUUCAAGUUUGUACGAUCCAUCUGGAGCAGGUAGUUCAGGUGGAGGUUCAAGUUUUGGUACCCAGUCAACAGAUGGUAAUCUAGGGUUAUCAUCUAGCAGUGGAUCAUCGCUCAAUAGAGGAAAUGCCGGGUUUGGUGGUAAUACAGGUAGCCAAUCUGUUGGGGGCAGCUCAGGUUACGGAUCAAUAGAUGGCAAUUCAGGACUAUCAUCUAGCAACAGUUCAUCGUUCAAUCGAGGAAGUAGGUUAGCAAACGUAGGUUCCGAUGGGCAAUAUUCGUAUCCUAGUGGUGGACGGCAACAGAGUCUAAAUUAUCGGGCAAGACCAGGGACUGGCUUUGAAGCGACAGGAGGAAAUGUAGCUUCGAAAACCGUCAUACCUAAAUAAUACAUUUAUGAUUCGAUCCCAUCACCAUAUGACUUUAUUUGAACCAAUAAAUCCUAAUGAUUAGUUCCGCAA